CUGACAUGACCCUGUCACAUGAGAGCUGAGCCGACACACACUGUAGACCAGGUAAACAGCUCAGUCACAGGUUGUUCACAUGUUACGAGUCUGGCAGGAGGAAGGAAAUCCAACUGAGAGAAAAUGUGCAGUUGUCGGAUACGUUUGAGGCCUCGGAUUUUGCGGGAUGUGUCGUUGAGCGACACACGAACCACAGUUCAGGGGACAGAAAUCAGCUUCCCUGUUGGUAUUGCACCGACAGCGUUUCACUGUYUGGCCUGGCAUGAAGGGGAGACAGCUACAGCUCGGGCCACCGAGGCUCUGAACACCUGCUACAUCACCAGCACAUACGCCACCUGCUCAGUUGAGGAGAUUGUUGCAGCAGCACCAAACGGUUACCGCUGGUUCCAGCUGUACGUAUACCGGGACAGGAAACUGUCGGAGCAGCUGGUGCACCGGGUGGAGGCGCUCGGCUACAAGGCCCUGGUCCUCACUGUCGAUGUCCCCUACACUGGCAAGCGCCGUGAUGACAUACGCAACCAGUUCAAGCUGCCGCCGCACCUCAAGGUCAAAAACUUUGAAGGAAUAUUUGAGCAGGAGGCCACUGUCCCAGAGGAGUAUGGGAUACCGGCCAAYACCUUGGACCCCUCUAUCAGCUGGAAGGACGUUUACUGGCUGCAGUCCAUCACCCGUCUGCCCGUUAUCAUCAAGGGCAUCCUGACCAAGGAGGACGCUGAGCUGGCUGUGGAGCACGGAGUCCAGGGCAUCAUUGUGUCCAACCACGGAGGGAGGCAGCUGGACGGAGGACCAGCCUCGAUUGACGCUCUUGCAGAGAUAGUGGACACAGUACAGGGGAGGAUAGAGGUCUAUUUAGACGGAGGGAUCAGGACAGGAAGUGAUGUACUGAAAGCCCUGGCCUUGGGAGCCAGGUGUGUGUUCAUUGGCCGUCCAGCCGUGUGGGGCCUCGCAUACAAGGGGGAGGAGGGACUCAAGGAGGUGCUCCAAAUUCUCAACGAUGAGUUCCGUCUGUCGAUGGCUUUAUCAGGUUGUAGGAACGUAGCUGAAAUCAACAGGAAUCUCAUUCAGUUUUCCAAACUCUGAUGUUCCAGCAUGGUGCCAGAUUCAUCGGACUCUGAACUCAAACUGUAGUACCUGGGAUCAUAUUAGGACAUUAAAAUCAAGAAACAUUUACCAUCCCAGUCAGUACAAGUACACAACUGUGUACUUUGAAUAAGAACUUGUGCCGAACAUCCUAAAUGCUGAUUGUAUGAGUGACAGAAUGCGGAGGAAGAGCUGAGUGUCAGUGAAAGACUGAGCAAGUGAUUCWAGAAAGUGUUUUUGCUGUGGAAGUGAAAAGGAUGGAGGCUUUUGUAAUAAAACUAUCAAAUCAUCUAUGGUUACUCUGUAAAAGUUCAACUGCUGUCAGCGAUUGUGCUUGAAUAAACGCCUGCUGAGGUGAAGAAAGA